CACAACAACGCGUGGAGCAGUCUGAGGUAUCCGUCCAAUCUAGCUGAAGCUAUAAACAUUGCAUUUUUAGCGAGGCAAUUUUGUCGAGUCACAACCCUUUCCGAAAUCAUUGUGUUACGUCUUGGACCGACUUGAAAGGCGUAAUAAUGAGGGUAAAUUACUUAAACCCUUCUUCCAGAAGAGGUUCGGGUUUUUGUAUCACUUUAAUAAGAGAAGACGCUAGAAUUAAGGGCACAGCAUCGAAAACACUACUCUAGUUAUUGCUUCUCUCUAUCUUAGGAGUGUUUACUGCAGCUCAUCAUAUGAAAACAGAAUGGGUGGUUGUAAAAGGUAUCAAAUGCUAUGCCAGCGAGAAUCAGUCGUCAAGCUAUGAGUGGGAUGUAUUCGCAAGUGUAAUGGCAGCCUCUGUUGUGUCCAACAUUUUGAGGAAUCCAAGCGUAUUCCAACAUUGGAGCCAUUAUAACGAAGAUUUAGUUACAGGUGGGAUCCCCUGGUAUGUUCUCGUUGGAGGACCUUCAGUAUUCAAAGCAUACCAAAGAGGAUUAGAAUUUGGUAAGACCUAUGACAAGCGAACAAAGAUUUUAUUGAUUGGUCAGGAUCGUGUUGGUAAAACAAGUCUUCGAAAACAUCUCCAAGGUGUAAAAUUCGAUCGAGAUGAAACAAGCACCAGUGGAGUGGAAAUGAUGCCAGCUGUUAAGAAUGCAGCAAAGCAAGCAUGGAAAAAUCCUGCUUCUUUUGAAUCCACUAGUGCAUUUCAUCACAAAUGUGCAGAGCUGAUCAACAAGGAGUUAUCAAGAAGCUCUCCAGAAAAAUCACAUUCUGCUCGACAGCUCAGAGGUGAAGAUGACUUCCCAAACAAAGAGUCAGGAACAGAAGAACCAAGGGGUGAUGGGCUCACACCUAUAGUUGACACUGAAAGCACCAAGGAUAUGAAAAAGCGCCAAGGACAUGAACACAAAGCAGAACCAAUGCCAAGGAAAGUUUCCUCUUUAGCGAAUUCAGGGAGCACUACACCAAUUCAAAGUAAGGUGACAAUAAAAUGAAUAAGGGUGAUAGAUAACUUUCCCCCUUAUUCCUACAGCUAUCUGAGUUGCAUAAGUGGGCACAAGUUUUAAAAGUCAGUGUCACUGAAUCAUAUUAGGAUACUUAACUGAUCUCCAAUUUUUCGCUUGACUGCGAUGAUUAAUUUCACUGAGGUCAUCGACAAGAUCGUACAUGUAAUGCAAAAUUAUGAAGGUUCUCGGAGAAAAAAACUCUUGGUUUAGAUAAAGGGGGUAAGUUUCUUAAGAGCCAUGCACUGACCGUAAAUAUCGAGAA